AUGUUCGCACAGACCCUCGUUGCCGCUUACAUGGCGAAACGGACCGUCAGCCAUCCGGAAAGGACCCUCAUUGAUGAGUUCACCGACAAGCACUUUACAUGGAUUACGAGGCCCCUUUUGCAAACCACUGACGCUGAAGGGGGGCGGACCUUCUAUGACACCCACCUCCAGCGAAAGUACACCAAGGCGGAGGCGGAGCAAGUGCAGCGAGAACUGGGGGAAGCCGAGGCGCAGAAACAAAUACGCCAAAAGGCUCGACAACUGUUGCGAUAUUACCGCAUCAACGACCGACACCCGCAGAAGCUCAUCAUGAACCUAGCUUAUGAUGAACACUCGGUCGACGCGCUGUUGGAAGAGGCCAGAGACCGAUGGGGGAACACCCCAGAAGUCGGGGGAUCUGAAGAAGAGGGCGAGGAACCAACAGAUGUUCUGCAAUUCUGGCAUGAGUGGGGGGAUUGCCCUCUGGAGUCACCACACCUGGACUGGGGCGAUGAUGACGACAAUUUGGAUUCUGCAGUGCGGGGGGGGCUCGUUCCCGUCCCUUCGGGGGAUUGGGAACGAACCGACCCUGACAACGGCCAUCCGACAACGAGCACAUCGUCACGAAGUGUCCCAUGCCAAGAAGAAAGGGGGGAGCCUACCAACCCCACCCUGGGAGAACAG